AUGAAAGCAUUACAACAUACUCUGUUCAUUUCUUUGAUCGUCAUUUUCCUAACUCCAGUCUAUCAUGGGGCGGAAAUUAUUGGAGGCCAUGAAGUUAAACCGCAUUCAAAACCCUAUAUGGCAUCUAUCCAAUGUAAACACAAAGAGCACUAUAAACAUUAUUGUGGAGGGGUUUUGAUCAGAAAUAGAUGGGUACUGACUGCAGCACACUGUAAGCAUGAAUGCAAAGGGUAUGUUCAAGUCGUUCUUGGAGCACAUGAUCUGUCAAAGAAUGAGAAAAGUCAGCAAAAAUUUCAGGUCAAAAAGCAGGACCCCCAUCCAAAGUUUACCAUGAAAACUCCAGACAAUGACAUCAUGCUACUCCAACUCUCCAGUGAAGCAAAGAUCAACAAAUAUGUGAAACUGCUCAACCUACCAAAAGUUAAGGAUAAGGAUAUAAAACCCGGAACCCGCUGUGUAGUGGCAGGAUGGGGACAAACAAGUUCAACAACUUCAUCUGACACUCUUCAAGAAGUGAUGUUAUAUGUGAUCGAUCGUAAAAUGUGCAACAGCAAACAAUAUUAUAAUCAUAAACCUCAAGUAACCAAGGACAUGAUCUGCGCUAGUGACCAAAAAGGCAAAGCAGAUGCUUGCUUGGGUGAUUCAGGUGGUCCUUUAAUUUGCCACAACCAGUACAAAGGGAUUGUGUCAUUUGGCCCUGUCAAACCAAAUGCCAAAAUGCCUGGGAUUUACACUUUCAUAUCAAAGAAGUACCUUGACUGGAUUGAGGAAAUAAUUGGUGUGAAAACUUCCAAUGUGACAGCUGAAGACUUGUAUUCAGAGUGAGGAGUCUUCUUGCCACUCGGUUCUACUUUUAACUUGUAGAAUUUCUUUGCUCAGAGAAGGAUCAGCAUGAGUUUGCAAAUUUUCAAAUUCAAUAAAAAUUAAAAUGUGAAAUUCUCA